AAUUUCAGAGAGAAUGCUUCAUUCAGUUGAUUAUGGAAUUGGAGCUGAAGAGUUAGCCGUUGCAACGCUUGCGUUACUAAUUUCUUGUAUCCUUUCGUGCUCAAAUUAUUCUGGACUCAAUAAUCCGCCUCAGUUUGGCGACUAUGAGGCUCAGAGACAUUGGAUGGAACUGUCUGUCAAUCUUCCCUUCUCUGAAAUUUAUAAGAGCGGGUCUCAAAACAACUUGUCUUAUUGGGGCGUUGAUUAUCCUCCUCUGACGGUUUACCACAGCUUUAUCUUGGGAAAAGUGAAGCAGAAUAUAAAUGCAGAUUGGGUCGAAUUGCAGCAAUCAGUUGGCUACCAAAGUUACGGUCAUAAGUUUUUCAUGCGGUCCUCGGUGAUUAUUUGUUGGUUUUUCAUCUAUCUUCCGGCAAGUUUUCUCUUUUCGUCAAAGUUAAAAAAUAAAGCUUUCGUAAACGGUUUGCUUUUGCUUAACCCUGGACUUCUUUUAAUUGACAAUGCUCAUUUUCAAUAUAAUGCUGUAAGUCUUGGGUUCUUUAUUCUCUGUGUCAACUUUUUAAUAGUUAAUAAAGUAGUAUUUGGUUCGAUUUGUUUUUGUUUGGCUCUCAAUUAUAAACAAAUGGAAUUGUACCAUUCGCUCCCCAUUUUUUGUUAUUUGUUAUCUUUUUGCUGUGAAAGAAGUGUUAAGCAUUUUUUCAUCCAGUUUACUAAACUUUCAUCAACUGUCUUGAUAUCGUUUGCUUUGUUAUGGCUGCCUUAUCUAGAAAGUAAAGAGUCAGUGCAACAGGUAAUUAACCGUUUGUUUCCUCUCAAUCGAGGACUCUUUGAAGACAAAGUUGCUAAUUUAUGGUGUACUCUAAACAACGUUGUUAAAAUAAGGUUAAUCUUUGAUCGGUCACAUCUAACCAUUCUGAGCGCAUUGGUUACCCUGUUUGCCAGUCUUCCUUCGUGCUUACUUGUGUUCAAAAAGCGGAGUUUGGAAAACUUUUUUCUCAGUCUAGCUUCAACAUCUUUGUCGUUUUACUUAUUCUCUUAUCAAGUGCACGAAAAAUCGAUUCUUUUAUUUUGCAUUCCUUUGAUCUUUCUCUCUAACCAGUUGAAUGGAAAUAUUCUCAUACAUUAUUUAUCAAUUUGCUCGCUGAGCAUGUGUCAUCUAUAUGCGAAAGACGAGUUUCUCCUAGCCGGAAUAACUUACACUGUAUUGUUCUCAGUAAUGUUUCAUUAUUUCCAGUCUUCAAUCAAAACUCAUAGAUCUAGAGCAGAACACAAGUCAUUCAUAAUAGUGUCGUGGUCAGGAUUUCUGGCAAUCGUAUCUCUGAUAGCCUUUGCACCACCUCCUAGGAAAUUGCCCGAUAUCUAUGUGGUGCUUUUAUGUGGUUUUUCAUUCCUGCAUUUCUUUAUUUUUUAUUUGUCUACUUUGGUAAUGGUCGUGCAGCGUUUCAAAUUUGGUAUCAAGAGAGUUAAUAAAACUAAUUAACUUGUUAAAUCAAA